GAAACAUAAAGUGUGUAGUCUUGAAAUCAGAAAUCAUGUUAUCCAACUCCGGUUCUGAUAUGAUUGAAGAUACCCGGCAACUGAAUACUGCAAGGCAGAAUGAUGCAACCGCCGAAAGGAAAGCCCGAAAAAAGCGUUUGAAGCUGAGUUGUAUGGAAUGUAGAAAAAAGAAGCUAUCUUGCGAUCGAAAUUCUCCAUGCCAAAGAUGUAUAAGAUCGGGAAGGCCGGCGCAAUGUACAUUCGAGACCAGAAUAGAGCAACCGUCGGUAUUAGGUCCAUCAAUUCAGCAGCAAGAAGAGAUUCAAAAUCUCCAAAUUGAGAUCACCGCGUUGAAAGAUUUAAUCUCGAAAAACCGCCUCGAAUUUGAGAAAAGGGAUGCGAUAAUUUCAAGCAUAGGAGGCCCACCAUCAAACAGGAAGCCUCAAGAAACUGGACGUCUCCCAACUAGCAACCUCAAUGCGGUGAAUCCAAUUACGAUGAACAACGGUCAACCUAUCACGGCAAUAUCUUCAAGGGAAAGACUUGGUCAAGAGGCAGCUGAAUCUAUAUGGCCGCAAAUCACGGAUCCAAGAGAAAGAACCCCACAAGGAUACUAUGGUCGACAUGCCUUAUUCCAGUUUUUCAACGUGAUACCCGAGCUCUUUCCAUUCAUUAGGGAAACAGCCGAUGAAUGGUUCAAACCCCUUGGCGUGAGUAUCGUCAAGAAGGAAUCCAACGGGGGCGCAUGUAAUACGAAGCCGCCUCAUGGAGAUGGCAUGGUUCUGGAGAGCCUUCUCCCGCCUAAAGAAGAUACCGAUAUUCUAGUUUCGUUUUACCUUGACAAUCUAGAACAAAUCCACCGAAUUGUUCAUAUUCCUACGUUCAAGGAGGAAUACGCCAACUGCUGGAUUCCUCAACGGCCCCGGCAUCCCGCUAUGACAGCUCUCAUCUUGGCGAUGAUUUCAAUAUCUGCAUGUGCAACCACCGCCGAUGCGACAUUUAUAGCAACACGAUACCGGGCUGUGUGUACUCAAUGGAUCUCCACCUGCGAGGAAUGGUUGAAGCAGCAAAGUCCCAAACACCGCAAAUUCAUCCACUAUCAAAUUUCCUGUUUGGUAUAUCUUGCCAAGCGAGCGGCUAUGAUCGGAAAGAAGCGGUGGUGGAAAGAAACCAGUUCGUUGAUUCAGGAUUCCAUUAUAUAUGGACUACAUUGCGAAUCGACUUUAUCCACUGCGAUACCUUACAUCAGGGAGAUGAAAAGACGAAUCUGGGCUGUACUCCGAGAAUUAGAUCUUCAGAACACAUUUGAGUACGGCCUUCCUAGCCUGCUUCACAAUAUUGAGUCUGAUAUUGCCCCACCCACGAAUAUCAACGACGACGACUUUGACGAAACAUCAAAAGAAAUACCUGCGCCGAAACCACCGGGUGAAUAUACUUAUACAUCUUACCAGGUUCAUAGUUCUCGAAGUUGGUCGUUGCGCCUCGAAAUAUCGCAGCGUUUAUUUAGUCCCAAAUUCUCCAAGCCUCUCUCUUAUGAUGAAGUCUUGCGAUAUACCCACAGGAUCGCACGAGAAAUAGAAGCAAUACCUUCAUGGGAUACUGAAAAUGCGCUCACUCACGCAUAUCUACUAUUCCAGCUCAAAACUUGCAUCCUCGCACUCCACCAACCCUACCUCCAUAAAAACGACGGCAGGUACUGGCUUUCAGAAACAGCAUGUUAUCACGCAUCGCGCGAUAUUCUCCUCCUGCACAGCAAAUUAGCAGAAUUAGGAAUCCAGAGUUCAACGGUGCUUAGAGAAGAUCUCCUAUUAGCUUCAUUAAAUCUCGUCCAAAUCACUAUGCUUCAGCCCAAAGCUUCGAUUAACAUCAUGUCGACCGAUUCCCAAUCCACAAUCGAUCUUCUCAUGCAAUGUGUUCCAUUCAUGGAGGAUAUACACCUACGAUGUUGCCAUAGCGAACUCUGGUGUUUUAUUACAAUGUACGCGGUGAUUAUGCUGCUCAAAAUACACCUUGGCAAGGAAACUCGGCAAACUGCUAAAGCAGCAUGUGCAAGACGGUAUCUGGACUUACAUUAUCGGCAAAUCGAGAGACAUAAGAUGUGUCUUCCUAUUCAUGAGGAUUUCCCACCUUCGAAUUCCGCAAGCCACGUUGAUGUUAGCGAUGCGCUCACGCCGUUCCAACCAACUACACCUAUCGCGACCAACUUCCCGGUGUCUGGGUGGUUGGACUGCAAUUACUCCGAGUUCGACAUAGAUGCUUUUGAUUUUGAUAAUACGUGGGGUAUUUGGGAACCGCCGCAGAUAUGAAGCAAAAUAUCCGCUAUAUUGGUGGGCUCGAGGCUGUACAAUGUUAGGGAAUUUCGAAACGCAUUAACAAUUCACAUAGUGCAUGUUUUUGGAAUAAUUGGUUUGAUGUUCAAUGAGCGGUUAUCCAUCCGAAUAUCGAAAUGGCGCUGAUUGUAUUGUGAUAUAAAUGCGCCCAUAGGCUGUGUUAAAUAAU